GCUCCGGGCGGAAGUUCCCCGCCCCACCCGUGAGAGUUGGGGUUUGACCAGAGCUAGUGAGGAUCCUGCCCAGCCUCCAGUUGUCCACAACUCCUCCUCCUGUCUCUGCUGGAGUGAUUCCUGGGACUCAGAUGGACCACACAUCCCCGACCUACAUGCUUGCUAAUUUAACCCACUUACAUUCUGAACAACUUCUACAGGGCUUGAAUCUUCUUCGCCAGCAUCACGAACUCUGUGACAUCAUUCUUCGAGUAGGUGAUGUUAAAAUUCAUGCUCACAAAGUGGUACUUGCCAGCAUCAGCCCGUAUUUCAAAGCUAUGUUCACUGGAAACCUUUCUGAAAAAGAGAACAGUGAAGUUGAGUUUCAGUGCAUUGAUGAAACUGCUCUUCAGGCUAUUGUGGAGUAUGCCUAUACAGGGACUGUUUUUAUUUCUCAGGAUACAGUUGAAUCUCUCCUGCCAGCAGCAAACCUCCUCCAGAUAAAACUUGUCCUGAAAGAAUGUUGUGCAUUUCUUGAAAGCCAACUUGAUCCUGGUAAUUGUAUUGGAAUUUCUCGUUUUGCAGAAACAUAUGGUUGUCACGACCUUUAUUUGGCAGCCACUAAAUACAUAUGCCAGAAUUUUGAAGCUGUUUGCCAGACUGAAGAAUUUUUUGAGCUUACACAUGCUGAUUUGGAUGAAAUUGUUUCCAAUGACUGUUUGAAUGUAGCUACUGAAGAGACUGUUUUUUAUGCAUUAGAGUCUUGGAUCAAGUAUGAUGUACAAGAACGCCAGAAAUACUUAGCGCAGCUGCUAAACAGUGUACGAUUACCAUUGUUGAGUGUUAAGUUUCUCACUAGACUAUAUGAAGCAAAUCAUCUUAUUCGUGAUGAUCGCACUUGUAAACAUCUUUUGAAUGAAGCCCUAAAGUACCACUUUAUGCCUGAACAUAGACUCUCUCAUCAGACAGUCUUGAUGACACGACCUCGCUGUGCUCCCAAAGUACUUUGUGCAGUAGGAGGGAAAUCUGGACUCUUUGCCUGUUUGGAUAGCGUGGAGAUGUACUUUCCUCAGAAUGACUCUUGGAUUGGCUUGGCACCCCUAAACAUUCCUCGCUAUGAAUUUGGAAUAUGCGUCUUAGACCAAAAAGUGUAUGUUAUAGGUGGUAUUGAAACUAAUGUGCGUCCUGGUGUCACUAUCAGAAAACAUGAAAAUUCAGUGGAAUGCUGGAAUCCUGAUACAAAUACCUGGACUUCUCUAGAGAGAAUGAAUGAGAGCCGAAGUACCCUUGGAGUAGUAGUCCUUGCAGGAGAACUCUAUGCUUUAGGUGGUUAUGAUGGGCAAUCUUAUUUACAAUCUGUAGAGAAGUAUAUUCCCAAAAUAAGAAAAUGGGAACCUGUGGCACCAAUGACUACAACAAGAAGUUGUUUUGCUGCAGCUGUAUUGGAUGGAAUGAUAUAUGCCAUUGGUGGAUAUGGUCCUGCCCACAUGAAUAGUGUGGAGCGUUAUGAUCCCAGUAAGGACUCCUGGGAGAUGGUUGCAUCCAUGGCAGAUAAAAGGAUUCACUUUGGUGUGGGUGUCAUGCUAGGCUUUAUUUUUGUGGUGGGUGGACAUAAUGGUGUCUCACACUUGUCAAGCAUUGAAAGAUAUGACCCUCAUCAAAAUCAGUGGACUGUGUGUAGGCCCAUGAAAGAACCCAGAACAGGAGUUGGUGCCGCAGUAAUCGAUAACUACCUUUAUGUAGUUGGUGGUCACUCAGGGUCUUCCUAUCUGAAUACAGUGCAGAAAUAUGACCCUAUCUCAGAUACGUGGCUGGAUUCAGCUGGCAUGAUAUACUGUCGCUGCAACUUUGGAUUAACUGCACUUUGACAAGUGUGAACUCUUCGAAAUAGUGUGGUAGCAAAACUUGUGCUGCAUGAAAGGAUGCCCAGUUUUCUGAAACCCACGAACUGCAUUGCAUUCUUUUUAACUUAAGGUGGCAUGAAGAUUCAAAGUUUUGUUGGAUACUUUGAAUUGACAAGUAGUUUUGGUUGCUCUUGAUUACACAGUAAAUCAAUAAUCAAAAAAAAAAAAAAAGGAAAGACCUUGCCAAUUGAAUUGUGCACUUUUUCCCCUAAGGCUGGGAUAGACUAGUUUUAUGUUCUUAAGUGUACAUGUAGAGAAAACCUUGCUGCCUUUUAUUUUUAAUUUUAGCUCUCCUUCCUUGACAUGUACUAUGAUUUAAUAGGAUGAGAGAUGUUUUAGAUGGUGGAGUGUAUUGAAUGACUGGACAGAGUGCUGAUAAAGCUUGUUGGAUGUAAAUUCAUAUGCGUCACAUUUUUUGUUUGUUUUAAAACAAACAAAGGGCUGCUUUUUCUUUUGGUACUUUUAAAGGUUAUAAAUAAUACGACAUAGUGAUUCAUCUGAAUACUCUUCCUGGUAAAUGGUUUUAGGGCUGAGUAUGUAACAAGUUUGUAAGACAAUUGCUUUUACUAUCAUGAUAUUUGGGGCCCUAUUUUAAGAAGUCAGAUAUUUACUGUUUAUGCCUUUUGCAUAUGGGCAGAUUAAUGCUGGAUGAAUUUAUCCAUCUAUGCUACAAUAAGCAUAGAUAGAAAGAGUUAAUCCUAUAAGUUGUUUAAGUUUUACUUUAAUUAUACAGCAGGCUUCCCGGUGUUGAUGUAAAUAUUUGAGAAAUGUUUAGUACAAUUCUUAGUACCUAUUGAUUUUUUUCAUCCUUAUAAUAAUUUUAGUUUUCAAGGAUCUUUGCUUUUUUGAAGUGUUCAGAUAUUAAAAUGGUGCUAACUGUAGGAUCUAUAACAAGGCUAUAACCAAUGUUCUUUUGGAUGUUCACUAUGAGAUAUGCAUGACAUGUUUUGAUAGUCUUUUCGUCUUUACUGGCUUGAUUCAUUUUUGCUUAUUUAAAAUGUUAGCAAUUGCACUAAUGUUAACAUCCAAAAAUCAUCAAAAUGGCCUAUGUUAUGCUCUUCAUAGUUCCUGAAUAGUGAUUUAAAGAAAGAUACAUUUUUGAUCUUUUUUGUGCUAGAUAUUACAUGUCCUUUUUAAAAGCAGAAAUAUAUGCAUUAAAUGUAAAGCACUAGACAAAGUUAUGCAUUACUUUGUACAUUUCUUAGGUAACUGAAUAUUUUAAAGUUAUUGAGGAAAACUGGAACUCAAUGUUUACUUGAGUAGUGGUUCUAAAUUUAGUCCUACUUUGAUUAAAGAAAUGAGCUUUUAAAGCAGAAUUAUUUGCUGUAGCCAAUGACAGCUUAUUUAAAAGAAGUGGUUAACUUAUUUUAGCAUGUUUUAGUAAGUAUCUGUCAGUUUUAAAUACAUUAACUUACAUUUUAUUAUGAUGUAGGUACUUGUAUUUUUGGUACUGUAGUUAUUUUGUUUUCUUUUCCUUGAUUUUUUUUUUACAUGUCCACUCUUUAUAAAGUCUCUGCAAAGCAGUGUAUAUUUUUUUCUUAAAAACAUUCAUACUUCAUUCUUAAGUGCCAUACUGUUCUAGACUAUUGUUAAGAAGCCAUUUACACUUAUAAAACUUAGGCUCAUUUUAGCAUAUGUGUUAUUUCUUGAAAAAUGUAGCUGGGCAAUUUGCAGUUUUCCUUGUUCUUCCAUAAACUGCCAGUUGUAGAUUUGAAUAUAUACUACAAAACUGUAAGAUCAUCUUUAAUCAUAAAAGUAGUAUCGUGCUUUAUGAAUAUUUGCACAGAUUAUAAAACCUUGCAAGUGAUUUUUAGUCUCUUCUAAUUUAAAACUCAACAGGAGCUAUUAAUAAAAUCUACAGUCUGAUUCUUUUCUAUGUUGCUUGUUUGAAUAACAUAAUGAUAUAUAGCAAUAACUUUUUCAUUGAUUUGAAUAAAUCUAUUGCAUAGAAAUAAGGUGCACUAUUAUGGUUGGCCUAGACUUUACUUAAGGAAAAGCAAUUUAAAAUAGAUUCCUUCAAAUACCUAGUUUUUAAUCCCCAACUCAGUUUUCUUUGUUCAUAUCAAUCAAAUUAUUAAAUAUAUUCUACUAUACUAUUUUUAAUCCCUUCCCCUCAGAAGAUAAGGGAAUUCGAAAGACUAUAGAAAAUUAUUUUAAUUGUAAGCACAGCUGUACUAUACAUUUUAUUUUAACAAUGUUUUACUCAUGUAUUAUCUCCUCUAUCAAAUUAGUAUAAAAAUAUAAUCACUUAGUAAAUUAGAUCAAAAGCAUAUAAUCAUUGUUUUUGGAAAAUCUAAAUUUCAUCUUGGUAAAGACUAAACAUGAAACAUCUUGGGCAAUAGUAGAAGCCAUAUGCCAGUGAACUAAUUAUGAAAAUCUGUGAUGGGAAGAGAAAAAACAUUCAAAAUUCAGAAAUAUAUUUAUUGUAGUAUUGCUAAACCUAUACUGUUCAUAGCAACCACAGCUACUAAUCUGACCUGACAACUGAUAAGUUUACAAUAGAGCCUUCUGUUACAAAUUUGUGAGAUAUUCCAUUAUGAAUACUCUCCUGACAAAUUGUGAAUUUAAAGCCACAUGUUUCUUAUGUUAAAAAGGAUCAAAAUGUUUGGUUAUAAAUCCCCAGGAUUAAAGGUAUUAGAAAUAAUUAUAUAUAUUCAGGCAAGGAGGGAAAAGCUAUUUAAGAUUGCCCAGAAAUAUUCUGGAAAAGAGCAGCAUUGGGAAAUAGAAAUUAAUCAGUUACAAGAUAAUUGCCAUCUAUAAUUAUGUUAUAAAGAGUUAAUCUGUCAGGAAUCUGGCUAUUUAAUAUUUGUUGGAUGAUGUAAUAGAACUUAGUGAUUUUUAAUUCAAUCCCAAGGAUAUUUACAAAUUCCAUAUGUUAUUACUAACUUUUAAAUAUGAGUGAAUAUUAAAUUCCAGGAAGUGGUAUCAAAUGAUAGGACAAUGUCAUUACAUUUUGCAAGUUUAUUUUGAUAGUUAAUACAUAUGGAGGGUCUACUACAUGUAUAAGACAUUCAUUCUGUUAGAGGCUUUGGGAGCUAGAAAGAUAAGAUAUACUCUUUUCCUUCAGUGAGAGUUAAAUAUAGUGGGAGAGACCUGUACCCUAGUAAUGAUUAAGAUAAAGUAUGAAUCUAAUUCCGUAUCUCCAAAAUCGUAAGAAGUAAUUAGAAAUCUAGUUUAUGUAUAAACAAUUAUUUAGUAUCCAAUUAGGUUUUAUUGGCAUGAAAAAGAAGUAUAGAAAACCUAAUGUUUAUAGAACUCCAAAUUUCCUGGAAUUGGAUAAUGUAUUUUCUAGUAGAAAAACUAUAGACAUUUUUUUUAAAAAAGUCUAUUUCCUGUAGUAUCAAGGCUCUGGCUAACAAUGAGGAAAAUAUCUGUACAUAUAAUGCUGUUUAUUUUCAGUUUUGAUGUUGGAUUCCUGGUAUUGUCACCUAAGUGCUCAUUUUCAGGAAAAUCAGAUUCUACAAUAAACUUACUGCUUAAAGUUCAAUAAACUUGUGAUAACCUUUUAACCUCUAUAGUCUGAAAGUUAAGAAAUUAUAAGAUGUCACAUGUCAAGUUAACAUCCAGUUCUACUUCUUAACCUUUUUUUCCCUUUGUAAACAGCACUUUAAUUAGACAUGAUUCAAUUAGAUAGAAGUUACUCUGUAGCUGGAUAUGUGUUGGAUUUUCACUUAAAGUACAUUGAUUCAGUAUUGAUAAACAUUUGAAAAGAAUGAGGAAUACAAUAUGUUUUAAAUACAGUAGGUUUACAAAUUUUCUUACUGGUGUAAAUAUGGAGUAAAAAAUCCAGUUUACAUCUUUGCAGAGAGAAAAAUUGUUAUCCAUAUGUCUUUUAUAUUAUACAUAUUUAACUAGAAAUAAUUUAUUGUUAAUUUUGUCCAGGUUAUCAUGUGUAAGUCCCAUUUAUUUCAAAAUACUAAGCAAAAAGUUCCAAGUUUGCCUUAAAAUAUAAGUGAAAUUAAAGAACUGGAUGAUAAUGCCUAUAUUUUUGCCUUAUGAAUUGUGCUGUAUAAUAAACCAGCAAUGGUUUUGAUUUUAACAGGAUUCUGAAAUUUUGUAGAUGUAGAGUACUAAUAUUUGUACUCUCUUGCAAAGAAUGUGAUCUAGUUGUGGACUAUGUUAAUGUUUAAAUGUUUUUGUAUGUGUAUUUUACCUCUAAAUAUGUACCUUUUUAGCAUCAGGGUUUUAUUUUAUUUUUGUUUACAUAGUAAAGUGGCACUUGUGUUCUUUUUUUAUUUUAAAAGUUCUUUGUGUAUGUUAUUGUGGUAAUGCUCUGUAAUGAUUAUGGUCAAAUUUCAUUUCAUGUAAAAUGUUUAAAAUAAAAUUGAAAAAUAUGA